GAUGCACAGGAGAAACAAGGUCGCUGAACGCCAUGGAGUACAUUGAAGCUCCAUCGAAUCCCAGCCAGGGGAAUAUCCUCUGCUGCACAUGUGGUAUCCCCAUUCCUCCAAACCCCGCCAACAUGUGUGUGUCCUGCCUGAGGACCCAGAUUGACAUCUCGGAGGGCAUUCCCAAGCAGGUCACUGUGCACUUCUGCAAACAGUGUGAACGUUACUUGCAACCCCCAGCGACGUGGAUACAGUGCGCACUGGAAUCCAGGGAGCUGCUCGCCCUCUGUCUGAAGAAGCUCAAGGGCUCCAUGACUAAAGUGCGCUUGAUCGAUGCAGGUUUCCUGUGGACAGAACCCCAUUCCAAAAGGAUCAAGAUGAAGCUGACUAUUCAGAAGGAGGUGAUGAACGGGGCCAUCCUGCAGCAGGUGUUUGUGGUGGAGUUUGUGGUGCAGGCUCAGAUGUGCGGAGACUGCCAUCGAGUGGAGGCCAAGGACUUCUGGAAAGCUGUGGUGCAGGUCCGACAGAAGACGGUGCACAAGAAGACCUUCUACUACCUGGAGCAGUUGAUUCUGAAGCACAGUCUGCACCAGAACACAUUACGCAUCAAAGAGAUCCAUGAUGGUCUUGAUUUUUACUUUGGCUCAAAGCAGCAUGGUCAGAAGAUGGUGGAUUUCCUACAGUGCACAGUGCCAGUCAGGACAAAGGCGUCGCAGCGUUUGAUCUCCCACGAUGUUCACACCAGCACGUACAACUACAAAAGCACCUUCUCUGUAGAGAUUGUGCCCGUAUGCAAGGACAACGUGGUGUGUCUGUCGCCGCGUCUGGCCCAGAGCCUGGGCAACAUGGGCCAGGUGUGCGUCUGCACGCGCGUCACCAGCACAAUCCACCUCAUUGACCCCAACACACUGCAGAUUGCGGAGGUGGACACCAACACGUAUUGGCGGUACCCCUUCAACAGCCUCUGCAGCCCCAAGCAGAUGGAGGAGUUCAUCGUCAUGGAGAUGGACGUCAUCAGAAACCAGAAGCUGGGGGCAGGAGCCGGUCUCACAUCAAACAAGCACACCUUGGCUGAGGUGUGGGUUCAGAAGGUGUCUGAAAUGAACACUACUCAGCAGUAUUAUUGCAGAACCUUCAUGGGCCACUUGCUCAAUAUUGGAGACCUGGUGCUUGGUUUCGACUUUGCAAAUUCCAACAUCAACGAUGAGCACCUCAACAAGAUGAACCCUCAUCAACUUCCUGAUGUGGUUCUCAUUAAGAAGAGCUACGACCGCAUGAGGAGGGUGAAGCGCAGGAACUGGAAGCUGAAGGAGCUGGAUAGAGAACGAGAGGGCAUGGACACCGACGACGAGAGGCAAUACCAAGACUUCCUGGAAGAUCUGGAGGAGGAUGAAUCGCUCAGGAAGAACGUCAACAUCUUCAGAGAUGCAAAGAAGAUCCCCGUGGAGAGUGAUGCGGAGGACGACGGGGCCCCGAGGAUCAGCCUAGCCGAGAUGCUGGAGGAGCUCAGCCUGAACGAUGCCACCGGGGGAGAGGGAGCCGACAUGAUGACCGAGUGAACGCACCCACAAGAGGGCUCUGCACACCGGCGCCGACAAAGUGCAGAACACUGCUCCGCAAAAUUAAAUUCCAUUGUUUUCAAUUGAACCCCGCACACUGGCGCUGAUGUCCGCGGACAUCGACUGGCAAUUAGAGACGAAUUCUAUUUUUUCAGAGCCGCCCAUAGACUAUCCAUUCUCUGCUCUGUGGUGAAAUUGUGUGGAGGGGUCGGAAUUGUGUCGAAAGCAAAAGUGCUCCUCAGUGCUGUCGGAGCCGGUGUACGGAGACUGUAAGAGGGCUCCGCCGUAAUGUGUUUCGCUCUCUCUCUCACUCUCUCUCUCUCCACACCUGGCGCCUUUCCUCUCAUGUUGUGGUGGUGUAUGGCCCAGGAUUUCCAAGCAAGCAUUUCAUGAAAUAUAGAACUUUUGUGAGGCGAAGAACAUGCUUUAUCUUUA